GAGGAGGGGGCGGGUGAAGUGGAGCCGGAGUCUUAAUUAAUUCAAACUCAUUAAUUCAUUCUCUUUGCUGAAAGAAAGAUGCCUCUGGGAUUGCGAGUGAAAAAGAAAAACAAGAGCAAAGAGGCUUCCUCUAAGCUGGUGGAGAGUGACGAGAUAGACAACAGGGCGUCGGGCUCUGCUGGCAAAGUCACUUCCAGUGCCAACGGUGCGGCCGGCCUGCCGCCCCCUCCGGUCAGCCUGCGACCCAAGCUUGUGUUCCACACCCAGCUGGCACAUGGCAGCCCCACUGGCAGGAUAGAGGGAUUCACCAACGUAAAGGAGCUGUAUUCUAAGAUUGCAGAGGCAUUCCUAAUCACUCCUGAGGAGAUCCUGUUUUGCACUUUGAACACCCACAAAAUUGAUAUGGAUAAACUCCUGGGUGGACAGAUUGGGCUUGAAGAUUUCAUCUUUGCUCACGUGAAAGGAACAAAAAAGGAAGUGGAGAUUUUAAAAUCAGAAGAUGCCUUAGGACUUACCAUUACAGACAAUGGAGCAGGAAUUGCUUUCAUUAAGCGCAUAAAGGACGACAGCACGAUUGACAAAGUGAAAGUAAUAAAUGUUGGAGAUCAUAUAGAAGCCAUUAAUGGAAAAAAUAUUGUUGGAUCACGCCAUUAUGAAGUUGCCAAGAUGUUGAAAGAAUUAGAAAAGGGACAGACGUUUACUUUAAAGUUAAUAGAACCUUUGAAAGCUUUUGAAAUGAUCGAACCAAGAGCAAGAGGUGGGAAGACAGAAGGAAAGAUUUCAACAGGAAGAGAAACACUAAGGUUACGAUCAAAAGGACCAGCCACUGUAGAAGAAUUACCUUCUGCAUUUGAAGAAAAAGCAAUUAAAAAAGUUGAUGACCUUCUUGAGAGUUACAUGGGAAUAAGGGAUGUUGAACUGGCUGCUACAAUGGUGGAAGCUGGGAGAGAUAAAAAGAACCCUGAUGAGUUUGCUGUGGCACUUGAUGAAACUUUGGGGGAUUUUUCAUUUCCAGAUGAAUUUGUCUUUGAUGUCUGGGGAGCAAUAGGAGAUGCUAAACAAGGACGCGUUUAAUGCACAACACUGUGACACUUUUAAUCACUUGUGUAAUUACUUUAUCUUAAUUUUAUAAUGGUAUUACAUUUGGAUAGGCAAAAUUGGAUAAUAGGAAUUUAAUAAACCAGCCGCUAAGGAUAUAGGGCAGUGGCAAAUAUACAAAUAUACAAGUGUAACAGACAUUUUUUGGUAGGUAUAUUCCAGUUCUCCAUUGGACAGCAAUGACAUAAGAAAUCAAUAAGUGCUUUUAACCCAAAUAGAAAUGGACCCACAGUAACCAUAAGCAAUUCAACAGGACCAGCUAAGUCUAAUUUAUUAUGUAAAUGCAUACCAACUUAAAUUUUGUGUGUAGUGUUUUGUAUUUUGUCUUUAUUACACGCAAAUAAAACAAAUAUGAUCAAGAAAUGAUGUAAAGGCCACAGUGCGAACCUUUAACAUGGAGAAACCUACCAACUGAUGCAUAAAGAAACAAACCUAUGCAAAAUGUAAAGAAAGCCUCAACUGGAAGACCUUGCAAUCUAGAGAGAGUCUUCAAGGGAUACUUGUAAAAUGUAAUUUUGUAAUAUCUAGAAAUAAUUACCAUAAUCAUAGUAUCGGCAUUUAAAUAGCCUUUAUUACAUUAGAUGAGAAUUUUUUAUAAUAGUGACAUUCUGAGGCCCUACAUUCCUAUGCAGUUUGAUACAUUCCUAUUUGAAAUCAUAUUUAAGAUUUCUUCUUAAAAGUGUAUCUGAAAAUAAUAUAUUGUAAUUUGUUUAUUGUUAUUCUUUUAGGCUUAGGUAGUGAUUUCACAUUGUAACACCUUGAAUUCAGUGAAAUACAAAAAUAAUCACCACUUGCUACCUUGCUACUUUACAGAGAAUAACAAUGGAUAUAUACAGAAGGUACAGCUGUAAAUUUGAUUUUGGCUUUUGUAUCAAAAUUACAUUACAAGGCUAUGAGAGACCUUUUUAGUAUGUAUGUAAUUCAUCAGUGAUAGGAAAAGUAGUCCCUAAGUCUGUUUGUCUUAUUGAUUUACAUUCGUUGUUGCCUAGUUUGUAGGAAUUCUCUAAUCCCUAUGCUGAUGUGAAUGAGUAAAAUGUAUAAAACAAGUUGUCUUAUUAUUAAUGGUACUGUGAUUUUUUCCACUAUAUAUUUUCUCUUAAAUAACAAUGGUCCUCCUGUACAUUAAACAGAAAAUACAUGUUUACUUGUAUAAAUGUGAUUGUAUGCAGUAUCCUAAAUCCUUUCAAACCCUUCAGAUUCUUCCAAGAAAUUGCCUUUAAUGUGAUUUUUAAUUAACCAGUUUGUUUUGUAUAAAGGAUUGUUUGAAACAUUGUUAUAUAUUUUUGUUGGAAUAAUACAAAAUAAUAAAGUUAAGGCUUAUGGCGCA